UGAAUUGUAAUAAUUUAAAAAUGGAGCUAAAUGAUAUAGAUUUUGGAGAAUUUGGAAGACAACUCUUCCUAAAGAUUCUCCAAGAGACUUCUUCAGAAGGAGAAAUACAGGAGUGACUUAAAAGAUGCAGAGAGAAGGAAACCCAGUAUAAUGAUGAGUCUUUUCCAGCAAAUAGAUCUUCUUUGAUUAAUAACUGGGAAGAGGAGAGUGUAAGGGAUAAAGUACCCAAGUGGAAGCACUUUGUAUGGAAAAGAGCCUCCUCGAUUAUGAAUCCGGAUAAAAUGUGCAUAUUCAAAGAUAGAAUCGAACCAGAUGAUAUCAAACAAGGAGUCCUUGCAGACUGAUAUUUCCUAUCUUCUCUUUCAGUACUUGCUGAAAAGCCUGAAAGAAUCAUAGAACUAUUUGAGACUCUUGAGGUCAAUGAGUUUGGGAUUUAUGCUCUGAGAAUAUGCAAAAAUGGAGAAUGGAGAACUGUGAUAGUUGACGAUUAUUUCCCCUGCAGAGGCAACUCCCCUGUAUUUUCAAGAGCACACGGAGAUGAACUUUGGGUAAUGCUUUUGGAGAAGGUCUGGGCUAAAGUUCAUGGAUCUUAUGAAAGAAUAGAAGCAGGAUAUGCUGAAAAUGUGUUAAGAGAUCUUACAGGAGCCCCAACAAAAGUAUUAACCCAUGAUGACAACACUUUUUGAUCAAGCGAGGGAUUGAAGGAAGGGCUAAAGUCUGAGGUUUGUCAACUAUGGGACCAUAUGAUUCAGUCAAAGCAUAACGGAUUUUUACUUGCAGCAUCAGCAGGAUCAACAAAAUCAUCUAUUAAAUUGUUAGAAGAAAUGGGAUUAAUUGGUUUUCAUUCAUAUGGGAUUCUAGAUGUAAGAGAAGUACUUACAGCAGAUGGAGUAGAAAAAUUAAUAAAGUUAAGGAAUCCAUGGGGUGAUUUUGAAUGGACAGGAGAUUGGUCUGAUCAAUCAGCAAACUGGACUAAAGACUUAAAACUUGAGUUAAAUUUCCAAGAUAUAGAUGAUGGAACAUUCUGGAUGAGCUUUGUUGAUUUUACUCAUUAUUUCUCGAGAGUUCAAAUUUGAUGUCUCCAUGCCGGCUACAAGUAUUCCUCCACCAAAGCCUUCCACGAAAAAGGAGGCUGCUCCAUCAUCCGCAUGGUUCUCGAAGAAGACUCCGAAGUCUACCUGUCUAUCAACCAGAAAGACAAACGCUGCUUCGCUCGUACCCAGCAGUACGAGUACUCGAACGCCCGACUCAUUGUGGCCAGGGUCGUCGAGGACGGCUCUCUGGAGUACAUCUUCGGCAAAAUGGGCAUGGACCGAGAAGUCUGGCAAAACGAAAUGCUCGGUGCUGGAGACUACUUGUGAUACGUCGAAGUCGACUGGCAGACCGAAGAAGUUAACAACUUCGUGUUGUCGUCGUACGGCUCGUCAGAAGCCCACUUCAUCAGAGACGAAAAGAGCGAACACCCUGACUUUCUGGAGCAAGUCUUCAUGUCGUGAGCGCUCCAACAUGGCACGGAGACCACAUUCGAAGACGAAGGAGCUGAAGGCUGUGUGAAGUACCACCAGAUGUGACAGGAGGGGUACGGCUAUAACUUCUUCUGUAACGACAGCUUGAAUGCUAGCCUAAAAGAAGUUGUCACAUACACUCGUUUUCAAGGAUUAGAACUAGUAAAGCCAUUUAGUGGAGAUGGAUAUGAAGUUUUGGUAAAACCACAAGAAAAGAAAAUAGUUCUUUUAAGGCAAACAAAUCCUACAAGCUAUAAACUGACUUUUACAUUCAGUUCAACUAUAUUACUCAAUACCGAAGCUCUAAAAGCAAGAGCCCAGAAAAUUGGAAAAUUGACUGUGAGGAAAGACCCUGUGUCGGGAGAGCCAGUAGAUAUUUUUGUUAGGACCUUAAAGCAUGGAGGAGGAUUAUGAUAUUUCUACGAUAAUAAAACUGAAGAUAGAACUCUUGAGGAGCAAAUUAAAUUCAAAUUGAGAGGGCUCAAGAUUAAAGGGACAGAUUCAACAGAGCUGAAUAUAAGAGUAGGCCCAAAGCAAUCUAAGUUUAUUGAACUUGAAGCAACUAGCUCAAACUGGAGAAUCCAGACAUCAUUGAGCUACGGAAUAAUAUAAGCAUGUUCAAUAUUUGCAAA